CUGGGCAUCAAAGAAGGGAGUCAGAUUGUCUUUCAAUAGUCAUCAUCCAAAGAAAUUUACACCAUUAUGGUUCAAAUGGAACGCAGAGGUAAUUAUUUUAACAGGACACAGACCUACCACUUAUUUAAGAGGUGCCAAGGUUGAUGAGGUACUACACCAUCACCAUUGGCAAGACUAUGAGUUCUCAUAAUCAGUUUAUGAGACAACUUGGAGGAGGCUUCACUGAAGUGUUGUCACCAGCGCAGAGCGAUAUCAUCAUGGCUUUCUGUCCCAUCGUCUCUCGUGCUGGUACUGAUAUUGAGGCAGCACUGCCGCAGAUUCCAGAGGGUAAAGAUGUCAUUCUGGUAGUUCUGCAUCACUAUUUUAACCCAGAGUGCACUGUACCUGACAGCAGCAGACUAGUGACCAGAAGUGAUGUAAUACUCACAGUGGACUGUCUGUUCCAUGAGAGUAAGGGAGGACUACUGAACUGUCCUCGCAACAAAGCAGCAGUUGGUAAAAUUCGGAACCGGCUGAACAUGAAGCCAAAGGUGAUAGAUGCCAUCGUGGACAUCCCUGAUCACAGAAACAGGCCAUUUAUAGAGAUCCAUUUUUUUGUCAUUUGUAAGCUCUCUGUCGCAGCACACAUUUAUUGGAGAUGGUGUGUUCCAGUGUCCUUGAUUGCAUCUGGGCAGACAGGCGUUGUUGCCAGAGAUCACCAUUUGCAUGUGUUGUUGGGCUCAUUAUGUUUAUUGUUCUUUUGUGUUUGGUGGUAUCUUUGAUUGUUUCUUUCAGGAAACAAUGAAGUUUAUCAUAAUAACCUAAUGGAAAUAGAGCAAGUAGGUCUAAACAUCAACAGAGGAAUAAACUGUAGAAAUUACACAGACAACACAGAUAAACUGAUUUAAAUAUACAUUAAAAAUAAUGAAUAAAGCCUAAUAAAGCACCUACUCUACAUACCUCUAUCUAUCUAUCAGGAUGGUAUAUUAGUUUAAGAUGGCAUGAUGCUCAUGUAAUAUUGUAGGACUACUCUGAUAGUAUAUUCUGUGUUGCACUUUGUUCUGCUUUGACUGCCCUUCUUUUAGAUAUUAAAGUCAUGAAAUUUCA